AUUUUGUUUUAAACUCUAUUCACCCCCCCCCCCCUCUAGCGUUGGGCCUGAUUUAUAACAAUUGGUAUCAGAGCCAUACUCUCUGAAAGACUUAACCGUUUGAGAGAAACGAUCAAAUGGCUUCUACUCAAAACUUAUACGCAGGUUUAGGUGAACGGCAAUCCACCACGAGGCCUCCGUUAUAUGACGGAACAAACUACACUUAUUGGAAGGAGCGGAUGAGGAUUUACAUCCAAUCCACCAACUUUCUCCUGUGGAGGAUUAUCAAAAACGGCGAAGAUGUGCCCAUGAAGAAGGUCGGGGAAACCAACGUCCCUAAGACCGAGGAUGAGUAUGUUGCGCAAGACAUCAAGAAAGUGGAGAACAAUGCAAAGGCCAUCAACAUCAUCUAUUGUGCCGUAAACCCGGAUGAUUACCGGAAGAUUUCCUAUUGUUCCACCGCCAAGAAAAUGUGGGACAAACUAGAAAUCACCUAUGAAGGUACGGAUCAAGUCCGAGAAGCUAAAACCGAUUUUCUAACCCAUGAAUAUGAAUUGUUUCGUAUGAAGGAGAAUGAGAAAAUCGAUGAGAUGUUUGAACGAUUCUCCAAAAUUGUCAAUGAUCUCCAUGCUCUCAAGAAGACGUACACGGACAAGGAGCUUGUGAGAAAAAUCUUGCGGAGUCUCACACCAGAAUGGCGCUCCAAAGCCGAUGUCAUCCAAGAGUCCAUCGGGAUCACCAACGUCACCAUCGACGGGCUUAGAGGUAACCUCAAAACCUAUGAGUCUACCAUUCUUUUCCCCUCUUUAGGUGAACAAAAGAAGAAGGGGAUUGCACUCAAGGCUUCCUCGAGCCAAGAACCCGCCAUGGAGGAAUCAAGCGAUGAAGACAACGAGUUCGGGCUCGUUAUCAAGAAAUUCCACAAGUUCAUGCGAAAGGAGUAUGAACGAAAGGGCAAGAAACAUGGAGGACCACCCAAAUCCUAUGGGUGUGGAGAAAUUUGGCAUAUAAAGCCAAAAUGCCCAAAUUCCAAAACCGAGAAGGAGAAGAAACCAUUCAAGAAGCACCGAGCUUACAUCUUGUGGGGAGGUGAUUCCGGCCACGAGUCAUCGGAAGGCGAAGAAAAUGAAAGCGCCAACCUUUUCCUCAUGGCACACGAGGAACUACCGGAAGAGGUGUGCUUGAAGGCAUCAAGUGUACUUUGGUACCUUGAUAGCGGAUGCUCCAAGCACAUGACCGGAGAUGCAUCCAAGUUCUUGCAAAUCAAACAAACUAAAGGAGGAAAUGUUGUCUUUGGUGAUAAUGGCAAAGGCAAGAUAAUCGGCAUUGGUUCGGUUGGUAAAAACGAAACAUCCUCUAUUGAUAAUGUGAUAUCGGUUAAGGGUCUUAAACACAAUCUCUUGAGCAUAAGUCAAUUGUGUGACAAGGGAAAUCGUGUGACCUUCGAUUCCAAAUCAUGUACGGUAGAACGUCUUAGUCAAUAAGACGAUUCUUCGUGGUGAUAGAAUUGAUAACAUUUACAUGGUUAAUUUAGAUGAAUCUCCCUCCGACUUUGCAAAAUGUCUCAUGAGUAAGGAGGACGAUAUGCGGCUAUGGCAUCGUAGAGUAGCUCAUGUCAACAUGAACCUUUUGAAUAAAUUGGUUUCACAAAC